UUUGACUUGAGCAGAGCAGCCCUAAUGUGUACAGAGAGUAGGCUCUGCGUAAAGAAUCAGCGGACGCCAGAGAUAGGCUGAAAUUUACAUUGGCAAGAGUAGUUUAUAAACCAUUUAGGCUUUGGAGCAGUUUGAAUCGCUCAUGCGUGCAACUGAUUAGGAGUUUAAUUAGGAGGUAAUUUACUUCAGUCUCUCGGUCACAAGCAGGGAAAAAAAAACAACUAACACUUGUGAAUCCCAGAGGUUUUACAGUAGCAAGCCCGUUGUUCUGAGGAAGACAUGGCUAAGUUAUUCCGAGCUGCUAUCAUGGGUCCUCCAGGAUCAGGGAAAGGAACGAUAUCCAAGAGGAUUGCGCAAAGCUUUGGCCUGCAAUAUCUGUCCAGUGGCCACUAUCUACGAGAGGGCAUAACGGCAAAUACAGAGGCAGGUGUGCUGGUGAAAACCUAUGUAGAAAGAGGCAUGCUGGUGCCUGACCACGUGAUGACCAGACUGAUGCUGCCCAGACUGGAACAGCUCAGUGGCCAAAGCUGGCUGCUGGACGGUUUUCCUCGGACGCUGGCUCAGGCUGUGGCCUUGAACAAUUUGUAUCAGCUCGACUUGGUCAUCAGCCUCAACAUACCUUACGAGACCCUUAGAGAGAGACUGAGUGACCGCUGGAUCCAUCCAGCCAGCGGCAGAGUCUACAACAUGGGCUUCAACCCACCACGAGUGCAGGGUAAGGAUGACAUCACCGGGGAGCCACUGAUUCAGCAUGAUGAUGACAAACCAGAAGCCCUGAUGGCCAGACUGAGACACUACAAGGAUGUGGCCAAGCCUGUCAUAGAUUUAUACAAGUCACAGGGAGUCCUGCACUCAUUUUCCGGUACUGACACAGACCGGAUUUGGCCGUAUAUCAACUCUCUCCUCAGCACCAAGAUGCACACACGGCCAUCAGAUGCCUGCCAAACACAGACGCCCUGACAGAGUAUUCUGAAAGAAAAGACCUCAGGGAAACAUCAAGAGGCAGCCAGAGGAAGUGGGUUGAUGUUUCUGCGUGCUGGCCUUGGUGUCAGUUUUCAGCUUCCUCAUUAAUGGUGGGGUUUAGGGAAAUGGACUAGGACAUUGAUCAAAACUGUAGUCAGCCAACAUGUCUGAUUCAGUCACCAGUUGUUUUUUUUUUCCAAAUGAAUGGUUGUGUGCAAAUAUUUCAAGAGAUUUGUACUGUCAAUUGCAUUGAAUUCCACAUCAUCCAUGUAAAAAUGUCCAGAUUCUUAUAGGCAAACAAAUCAAAGUGAAUCACUUUUGUAAAUUGUAAUGUCACACAAGCACUUCUUUAUAAGUCAGACUUUUUAUUUUUAAGUGUUAAACACUGAAUAUAAAUCUCAAUCAGAGGAAGCUGGUGAUGAAAUCAAAGGCCAAACACAUAAAAAGUACAUACAGAAUGCAAGAUUUUUUUCACAGUAACUCUCUCAAUAUAAUUAAGUGUUUCACUCCAACAUUAAAUAUGUGAAACUAAACUCUAUAAAAUUAUUGUUGGUACAGUAUAAAAGCAAACAUAGGAAAUAUUACUUGAAUAGUCUAUUAUCUAAUAUAUGACUGUUACCUCUAUGAAUAUAUUCAAUAUACUUUUGGAGUGAAACAUUGAAAUGGCUGUUCAGUGUACAUAUGCUUUGUGACUUUCUUAAACUGAGGAGUUGUAGUUUUUACUGAGUCAAAUACGCACAAAAAAAAAUCAUCUUUAUAAAGUUGUAACCAUAGCUUUAAGUUUCAGAUUAGCUGAAUUGUUUUGCAUCGUAUCUAAAACCAAAAUCAAAGGGUUUUUUUUUUGUUUUUUUCAGAAAACUGAAGCUUUUGCAGGCCUGUGAGCUACAUAUAAUGUCUACAAGUCAGCUGUUACACACUGUAUGUAACUAUCACGCAGAACCAGUUUCUAAUUCUUUGGCUUUAUCAGCUCAGUGUGUCUAGAUUAUAUCCAUCAAUUAAACAGUGCACUGUGUAAACUGCUAUUAUUUUGUGCUGGAAUGCUGCAGAGUUGCGUGCAGACGUGCUCGGGUUGGUGCUGAACUGGUAAACAAAGCACUCAGUCACUCUACAGCACACUCUGUGGCUGGGAUGAAGACCAAUGCAGAGAAUAUAGAGUGCCUUCAAUGUUGUUACUUUCCUUUAAAUACACUAUAAAGUUGCCUUAAGAUUUUGAUUUUCAGAAUCUCAUGAUAUUAUUGUCAGGAUGUCAUGUUUGUGCAGUGUAGUUCCACUUUAAAAAACUGCUGGAUUAGUAAGUGAUAGGUCAUGUUUAUGAGUCUGACAAGGUCAUAUAUGUAAGUAUCUUAGUUUUCAGAUUGUUUGAAUGUAAAAUUUGUUGCUGCACCGUGAACAACUUGAAAAAUUACCUAGGUUUUCAAUUUUUAUUUUUUUAUAACUGGUUAUUUAAGGUUCAUGGUAUAUGAUCUGUCAUUUGAAGUCAAAAAAUAUCAACCACAUCAGAGAUAAUAGCAAAAAAUAGCUUUUUAAAAUUGCUUUUUAGAAUAACACAAGCACACUAGUGACCAUGUUUUCCAGCUCUGUCAGUGCUGGUCCUGUAGUUUUGUAACUCUCUAGUACUUUCUAGUUAAUCACCUUAAUUCAUUUUGUAGCCUAUGAAUAGCAGCAUACACUAAUUCAGUGAAUAACCAUAGAUAACAACACGAUCUGUCAUUUCCUUUAUCGGGUUUAAACUGCCUUCUUCUUCCUGUUUAUAUACAUUUUGGGUAUCACGGUUUAUUUUUUGUUUUCCUUAUCUGGGGUGCAAAGAUUGUGGGUAUUGUAUGGUGUACAGAUUGUAAAUUUAAGGCUGACUGGACUGUCAUACUGUGGAAGGAAGACCAAAGAAGAAACACUCUGACUCUUUCACUUUUUUCACAACUAUUUGUUGCUUGGGUGACAACUAGAUAAGAUGCCUACGUCAGCAACUUGUCUGUCCUUGUCUCAGUGUCCCCAGCAGCUAAAGUCUGUAUGCUCAUUCGAUAAAAUAGGAAUCAGUCCAAAGAGUGUAGCGCGAGAAAGAGAGUAUGAUUUAUGCUUUGGUUUUUGUUGUGGAGCUCAGUCUGUGUUGUUGAAUGAAUGGUCGUGGUGUCAAAGUGUUGAGUUGUACGUGACCACACCCCACUGCAAUUGUGCAACACCACAGUGGAUUUUUUCUUCCCUAUUUUUAUACCAUGCUGUCCAAACAUGCUACAUUCCAAGAACAAUAAAACUAUUUUCUCAUGGCUGUA